AUGUUCUCUCGCACGGCCCAGCCUGCCCGGACUCUGCUUCGCAGUGCCUCCGUGGCUCCCUCCUUCGGUCGCUCCAUUCCUGCGAGAACUUUCGCUUCCGUGCAGUCGGACAUCUUCAAGCCUACCAAGUAUGGUGGCAAGUACACGGUCACUCUGAUUCCCGGUGACGGAAUUGGUGCUGAGGUCGCGGAGUCGGUCAAGACCAUCUUCAAGGCUGACAACGUCCCCAUCGAGUGGGAGCAGGUCGACGUUAGCGGUGUGGACACUGGCAACAAGCACUCCGAGGAGCUGUUCCGUGAGUCGCUGGCCUCGCUCAAGCGCAACAAGCUCGGUCUGAAGGGUAUCCUGCACACUCCCGUCGAACGGUCCGGCCACCAGUCCUUCAACGUCGCUCUCCGUCAGGAGCUGGACAUCUACGCCUCGAUCUCUUUGAUCAAGAACAUCCCCGGCUACGAGACCCGCCACAAGAAUGUCGACCUGUGCAUCAUCCGUGAGAACACCGAGGGUGAGUACUCUGGCCUCGAGCACCAGUCUGUCCAGGGUGUCGUCGAGUCCCUCAAGAUCAUCACCCGCGCCAAGUCCGAGCGCAUCGCCAAGUUCGCCUUCAGCUUCGCCCUCGCCAACAACCGCAAGAAGAUUACCUGCAUUCACAAGGCCAACAUCAUGAAGCUGGCCGACGGUCUCUUCCGCAGCACCUUCCACAAGGUCGCUGAGGACUACCCUACCCUGGAGGUCAACGACAUGAUUGUCGACAACGCCUCCAUGCAGGCUGUCUCCCGCCCCCAGCAGUUCGAUGUCAUGGUCAUGCCUAACCUGUACGGUGGUAUCCUCUCCAACAUCGCUGCCGCCCUUGUCGGUGGUCCCGGUGUCGUUCCCGGCUGCAACAUGGGCCGUGACGUUGCCGUCUUCGAGCCCGGCUGCCGUCACGUCGGUCUCGACAUCAAGGGCAAGGACCAGGCCAACCCCAGCGCUCUGAUCCUUUCUGGUUCCAUGCUGCUCCGCCACCUGGGUCUUGAUGACCACGCCAACCGCAUCUCCAAGGCUGUCUACGAUGUGAUUGGUGAGGGCAAGACUCGCACUCGCGAUAUGGGUGGUCAGGCUACCACCCACGAGUUCACCCGGGCCGUUCUGGACAAGAUGGAGUCGUCUCUGUAAAUUUGAACCCCGUCGCCUCCCACGUCCCUUACUGCUACGACUGGGGACCCUCCU